GCUCGAGCCUUGUUCCCCUUCCUCCGUGUGCGUGUGUAGUUGUGAGGCGCUGCUAUGUUAAUCAGGUCACUGGUAGCGAGUGCCUGCACUCUCGGGGUAUUUGGAGCUGCUGCGUAUAAAUUUGCCCCCAGUAAACUCCAGUCAGCCUUCUUUAGUUCAGUUGUAAGGAAGUCCUCUCUAGUGGAGCAGUCCGACAUGAAGAUAGAGCUGCUGCCCGCUCUCACUGAUAACUAUAUGUACCUCCUCAUUGAUGAGGACACAAAAGAAGCGGCCAUUGUUGACCCAGUCGAACCCAACAAGGUUGUUGAAGCAGUGAAGAAGCAUGGCGUGAAGCUAAAAACUGUCCUGACCACACAUCACCACUGGGAUCAUGCUGGCGGUAAUGAGAAACUGGUGAAGUUGGUUCCAGGACUGACGGUAUACGGAGGUGAUGACCGGGUCGGAGCCUUAACUAAAAAAGUGACUCAUUACAACACUUUUAAGGUGGGCUCCCUGAACGUAAAGUGCUUGUUUACACCAUGCCACACCUCCGGACACAUCUGCUACUAUGUGACAAAAGAAAAUAGCUCUGAACCACCUGCUGUGUUCACAGGUGAUACCCUCUUUGUGGCAGGCUGUGGGAAGUUCUUUGAAGGUACAGCUGAUGAGAUGUAUAAAGCUCUCAUAGACGUUUUGGGGCGGCUUCCUCCAGAAACGCGUGUAUAUUGUGGUCACGAGUACACCAUCAACAAUCUGAAAUUUGCGCGCCAUGUUGAACCCGACAAUGAAGCCAUCAGGAAAAAGCUUGCAUGGGCUAAGGAGACAUAUGACAACGGCGAGCCCACCAUUCCUUCAACCAUGGGAGAUGAGUUUACAUACAACCCAUUCAUGAGAGUGAGAGAGAAGUCGGUACAGGAACAUGCAGGAAAGAGUGACCCCAUUGAGACCAUGAGGAGCAUCCGCAAAGAGAAGGACGGCUUCAAAGUGCCCAAAGACUGAACUUCGACUGAACACCGUCCGUACGACCUCCACCACUACACUCUUCAUGCUCUUUCGCCUAAAAAACUAGCAAAUACUACACAGACAAAAACAUGAAAUACUUUAGUGACGAUCCAAAAUUUGUGAUCACUCCUUUUUGGUGAAAUAAUUUGUGAGUGUUUGUUUUGCAUGUGUGUUUCUUGAGCUUUGGUCAGCUUUUUGUCCACAGUGAGUAAGCACUACAUGUAAAGGGUGGGGCCAGUCCAGUCGUGGGGGGCCACAGCACUGCGGUCAUGUGUGUAAAAUCAGCAUUUUUUUUGACUGAAUUUGACUGAACAUAUUAUUAAACACAUUGAAUUCAGUUAGCUGGCCCCUCACGGCUGGAGUUCAAUCUGGAUUAAAGAAAAUAAAUUAUUAAAUAAAACACAAUACAUAUCAGUUUUGUUAUGUAAAGGUACUAAUUACUGGUGGCAUUGCCGUCAUACAGUCUCAUACAUUUCAGUUUGUCACAUUUUAGAAAAAUUCUUGAUUCUUAGCUGGCUAAUUGAUUGACAGCCAUAUUUAUGUUUAUGUGGUUUUGAGAGGAGGGAUUGUUCAUUUACUAAACUAAUGUCUUAAUGUGCAAUGUUUUAUUUUGUAAAAUGAAGAGAAAUAUUUUUUAAGCUUGAUGAAUGUUUCACUGUUUUUGGUGUAAAAGACUGAUUAUAUGAAUUAUAUAAUACAUACACAGAUCCUCCGUUAGCCCAUCAGCAUGUGUAGAUAAUGAUGACUGAAAUCUCAGUAAUAUUGCUUUUGAUUUGUUAUUCAGCAUUGUUUAAGAAUCUCUUUUGGUCAAUUCCAUUUUAAGCAGUUUUGUGCUCCAGCAUCAUAUAUUAAUUUAACAGUGUUCAUGCUACUUUCUGCUACAGUAAUCAUUUCAGCUGGUCCUGCACUUUCUGUUCUGACAAGCUACAGAGUGAUUGUAUUUUUGCGUGUUCAAUAAAAGCACACAAACUUUA